AUGAAGUGUUAUUUAUGUUUAAUUUGUGUAGCACAAGGAGAAGAAAGAAAAGGAAAUUGUUAGUUUAAUGAAACGAUUAACUAAACGAAAAUCUAAAUCACCACCUCCAUCUGAUUAUUCUUGUGAUAAUCCCUCAUUUGUGGAUGGAACAUCAUCAUCACAGCAAUCAUUAUCUGCUGUGCAUGUCAGUGAGUUAUUUGAAUGUAGAUCAACAUCUUGUCCCAGUGAAGCUUUGGGUAGUCAAAAUGCGAACCAUAAAAAAACUGGAUCUCUUGAUGGUUCCAAUGGUGAAGUUCCAAAAUCAUCAUCACGACCUAAGCAGCCAGCGCCGUUGGUGCGGGAAAGGUUGUUCAUUGUUUUUUAUUUAAAUUAUCUUUUAUUGGUACACUUUAAGAAAUGAAAAUAAAUUGUAAAGAAGCGUAAGAAAACUCAGAUAUUACAAAUGCAUGGUACAAUUUUUAAUUUCUAGUUACGAUUCUUUGUAGUAAUGAUAUAACAAUUUAGUUUGCAAUUGUAAGCAGGAAUUAUUUUCAAUAUGCAAACAUUUAAUACUUUGAAUGAAUAUUGUUAAGUCUCAUAUAUAUUUAUUUUAACUAUCCGUGUCAAAAUCUUUUUAAACAAAGAUAAUAAUAUUCACAUGUAUAUUUUGUUACCACUUAAAAAAUAAA